AUGGUCGAGGGUCAGGCCAAACACCAUUCCAAGCUCCGGAAUCCUUGGGCUUGUUCGGUCAACACCGUUCUUGCCACUCUGCUGGGGUUUGGGCUUCUUGCCCUGAUGAUGCAUUCCUUCUUCAACAAGCAAUUGGAUACAAAGGGCUGUGAGAUGAGCUACAUGCGACCCAUGUUCGCAAAGUUUGACGAUUUCGACACCGAACACACGCGCUUUGCCUCCAAAUACUCAUUGUACCUCUACCGGGAGGGCGGGAUAGAAGACGACACCAGGGUCAAGGGUGUACCCGUACUCUUCAUUCCAGGAAAUGCCGGAAGCUACAAGCAGGUCCGACCGCUCGCCGCCGAGGCAGCAUAUCACUACCAUAAUGACAUAAAACAUGACAUCGGGGCGAGCAAUGCAGGAAAGAGGUCCUUGGAUUUCUUCACCGUGGAUUUCAACGAGGACUUCACCGCAUUCCAUGGACAGACGCUGCUAGACCAGGCCGAAUACCUCAAUGACGCCAUAUCUUUCAUUCUGUCUCUUUACCACACUCCGUCACGGUCCCUUCGCGAUUCGAAUCUCCCGGAUCCUACGUCGGUUAUCAUCGUUGGGCACUCCAUGGGUGGUAUCGUCGCCCGGACGAUGGUUACCAUGCCCAACUACCAGGCCAACUCCAUCAACACGAUCGUCACCCUAUCUGCGCCCCAUGCACGACCUCCAGUGUCCUUCGAUGGCGACAUUGUGCGGACGUACACCGGAAUCAACAAUUACUGGCGACAGGCCUAUUCGCAAAAGUGGGCAAACGACAAUCCUCUAUGGCAUGUCACCCUUAUCUCGAUCGCUGGUGGUUGUUUAGACACCAUUGUGCCCUCCGACUAUGCCAGCCUUGCGUCAUUGGUCCCGGAGACGCACGGUUUCACUGUGUUUACAUCCUCCAUACCGAACGUCUGGACCGGCAUGGAUCAUCUGGCCAUCACCUGGUGUGACCAGGUCAGAAAAAGCGUAGUGCGCGCCUUGUACGACGUGACCGACGUUUCGAGACCUACACAAACCCUACCCCGCGCAGAGCGCAUGCGAGGUUUCAAAAAGUGGUUUCUGACCGGACUGGAAGAUAUCGCGGAAAAGACGCUGCCCCAUAAGGAAGCAAAGACGCUGCUCACGCUGCAGGAUGAUUCGAAUGCGAUAGUGGCACAGGGUGAAAGACUCGUGCUCAGGAGCCUCGGACAGUCGCCUCAGAAGCCGAAGGCUUAUCUUCUGCCGGUCCCCCCUCAAGGCGCAGCGGAGGGGACAAAAUUCACGUUCUUGACGAAUGAACAUCUAGACGCGAGUGGCGAGCAUGGCAAGCUCGAGGUGCUGUUUUGCAGUGCCCAUCCGUCUCAGGCCGGCCAGGCAGCUGCAUUGUUCUCCAUGAACAUGGACCUCUCUGGCGACAGCACAGGCUCUACGAGAUUGGCCUGCAAGAAUGCAGCCUCAGAUCUCAUCAGCCUUCCCGCCUCGACGCGACAGUCGACCCACCCUUUCAAGCGCGAUCAGUCGCCCUUUUCCUACCUCCAAUAUGACCUCGACGAUCUUGCGGAGCACCAGUUCGUGGCUGUCGUGGAUAAAUCAGGCGAGCACAGGGCGGGAUGGGCGAUAGCAGAGUUCAGCGCUGCGGCUGAGUCGGUGCAUCAAGUCCACACUGGAUUGCACCGACUUCUGACCACCGGGCUAAGCUUCCGACUUCCGGCGCGGCGGCCCCUCGUCACCGACAUCAAGAUACCUGCACUCCACUCGAGCUUACUGGCGUACAAGCUACACGUUGGAAAACAGGCUUGCGACGCGGGCGAGCUGUUUGCACCACUUCUACGUCAAUACAUCACGGAUGUGCACGAAAGCAAGUUCUUCGUCAAUGUAAAGGACGCUAAUAUCAAUCUCCAUGGCGUAGCGCCGUACAUGCCCCCUGCGUUCCUUGCGCAGCGUUCUUCUAAUGGUCUGUCGUUGCAGAUCUGGUCCGAUCCCACCUGCGACAGCUCCCAAGAGAUCACACUCAGAGUUGAUAUACUCGGCAGUUUGGGCAAGCUAUGGAUGCGAUACAGGAUUGUAUUUGCCGCAUUCCCUCUGUUGAUCGUAGCGCUCGUCUUGCGCCAGCAGUUCAAGGUCUACGAUGAGACUGCGGUAUUCAUGAGUUUUGCGGAGAGCAUGAACGAGUGUCUGCGUUCAUCGAUUCCCUUUUCGUUCGCCGCGCUCACGUUUCUAUCGAUAUCGAUAGCAGGAGCCAAACGACAGUUCCCUGAGCAGGUCGGCGGCGCUGGCGCAGACGGAAGCAACUUCGCUGAAUUCCUGAAUUACAGCAACAAUGAGCUUCUUCUGGGAUCGGAGGAUACCUUUUUCUGGUUCCUGGUUCCCCUCUUCGGCCUCAUGUGUGUCGCCAUUUGUGUGGCGGUCAAUUACGUUGUACUUGCUGUGACCUUCCUCUUCGCUGCAUUGUACGCCAUCUUCCCUUCGUCUCGCAAUGAGGAUGGCAGCAGGACACCGACCGCGUUCGCUGUUACCUCAACUCGGCAGCGCGUGAUCACCACAUGCGUUUUGCUGUCAUUGGUCUCCACAGUGAUCCCGUACCACUUCGCAUACGUGGUAUUGUGCAUCGUCCAAAUCGCCACCUGCGUCCGCGGCUACCGUCUGGCUCGUGACUCUCACCUGGACUCAAACUACAACUUCUACAACUACGCACACUCCAUCCUCAUCCUCAUGAUAUGGAUCCUCCCUAUCAACCUACCCGUCCUCGUCGUCUGGGUACGCAACCUCGCGGUCCAUUGGCUGACACCGUUCUCGUCCCAUCACAACAUCCUCUCCAUCCUGCCCUUCAUCCUCCUCGUCGAAACCCUCAGCACCGGACGCAUGGUCCCCCGCGUCCAAUCCCGCCUCUACCUCUUCACCAACGUCUUCCUCUUCGGCAUCGCCUCCUACGCCGCCGUCUACGGCGUCACCUACGCCUACGUGCUCCACCACCUCGCCAACAUCCUCUGCGCCUGGCUCGUCGCCAUCCACUUCGACGCCUCGACCAUCUCCGUCCAACGCCUCUCCACCAUCUUGGAUACGAUGAACCCGGAGAGCGAGGUCAAGAAGAGGCCUUGA